GAGCUAAGCUAAAGGUCUAUCUACUAGCUCAUUCCUAAUUAUAGAGAUAUAAUACAUUAUCAAGAUGUUGAAACUUCUCUUCUUUAUUCUUUCAUUUUUCAUUGGUGUUAAUGGGAAGCACUUUGUGCUUGUUCAUGGACCUUUCCAUGGUGCAUGGUCUUGGUAUAAGGUUGCAACUAUGCUGAAAUCAGCUGGUCAUAAUGUUACAACUAUUGAAUUGGCUGGUUGUGGUAUCAGUCCAAUACAGGUUCAAGAGAUUCAUUCAAUUUCACAAUAUUAUGAACCUUUUAUGACAUUUAUGGAAUCUCUUCCUCCAAAGGAGAAGGUGAUUCUUGUGGGUCAUAGUUUUGGAGGGAUACCCUUAUCUGUUGCUAUGGAAAAAUUCCCUAACAAAAUUUCUGUUGCAGUUUUUAUCACUGCAUUGGUGCUUAGUGAAAAAUUUGAUUUCAGAAAUUAUAUUCAAGAGUAUACCACUAGACAGGGAACAUCCCAGUUAUUCUUCUUUAAUGGGACAAAUAAUCCUCCAACUGCCUCGUUGUUUGGACCCAAACUCUUGGCAGCUCAUCUAUAUCAAUUAUCGCCUCAUGAGGAUUUGACACUUGGAUUAUCGUUAGUGAGGCCACAUCCUAACUUUAAUGACGAAAAACUAUUAUUGAAAGAAACAAGAGUUACCAAGCAUAGGUAUGGAAGGGUGCCUAAAGUCUACAUCAUCAGCAAAGAAGACAUUUUGUUUCCAGAGGAUUAUCAAAUGUGGGUGAUUGGGAAUACUGGUCCAUAUGUUGAGGUGAAAGUGAUAAAUGGUUCAGAUCAUAUGGUCAUGUUCUCCAAACCAAAAAAACUCACCUCUCACAUUCUAAAGAUUGCUCACAAAUACUAACAAGGAUUUCAAUUCAUUAGUGUUUUUAAUCAAAAGCUUUAAGAUUUUCAUCGUUGUUAGUUUGUGAUUUUAUUGAUGUUGUGUAUUGUUUUGUUUAGCAAAGAUGUUGUGUAUUGUUUUUAAAAUAAAUGGUGAUAAUUAGUGAAAUUAUUAUUAAUUAAAUUGA